UCCGGUUGUAUUAAAUAAAAGCCUAGCAACGCCCUGUCAACAUUUACUCGAGUGGAACUUUUUUUUUUAAAUUAAAUUUGCACCUACAGCUGAUGUGUAGUCAAGAUGGGGGGUGCCUUCUUCAGACCCAACGCCGAGUUCGUCAUCAUAGUCCACACAGGUGACCGGCUCAACUCUGGCACCGAUUCCAACGUUCACCUGGUUCUCCGCGACGAGAAGGGAAACCACUCCGACCCGAUUUUGUUAGACAACCCGCUGAGGAACGACUUAGAACGCGGGUCCGUGGAUACCUUCUGUGUUCCUUUAGACAAGACAAAGUUCUUAUUGAAACACGGGAAGCUUACGUGUAUCGAGAUCACUAGCGACAACUCCGGGCUAGGCGCCGAGUGGUUCGUGGAUCGAAUCCACGUGGAGAACAAAUCCUGCAAUAAGACGUUCACGUUUCCGGUGUUCCGGUGGAUUAAGGGAAACAGGCAGUACCGGAUUAACCUGCUGGACACCUGCCUGCCCCAGAGCGAGCCGCCGGCCACGGUCCAACAGAGACAGGAUGAGAUCUUGGAGAAGAGGAAACUAUACCAGUACGACCAGAAGUUUCCAGAGAGGUUUCCUGGUGGGCCAGUACAGAUCAAGACGUUACCGGAGGAUGAGGAGUUUUCUAAUUCGUACAAGUGGGACAUCCAAAAGCAAAAAAUCCAGUUGAAGGUGGCCAGUAAAAUCACCAUGUGGACUAGCGGUGUCUGGAACAGUUUGGACGAUUUGACCAACAUCUACACCAAAGAGGUGUUCACUAAACCAAAGGGUGCCUACUAUUGGCGGGACGACCUGAACUUUGGCCUUCAACGUCUGGCUAGACUCAACAACUGCCUCAUCCGGCUCGUGACCUCCAUUCCAGAGAAGUUCCCUGUGACUGACGAUCUCCUGAAGCCUGUCAUAGACGGUCUGAGCAUCAACGAGGCCAUUGCACAGAAGCGGUUGUUUAUUUGUGAUCUAGAGAUACUGGAUGGGCUGCCGGUUAAAGAGAAUAAAGUGCUCUGUGCACCCAUCGCUCUGUUCUUUGUCGACAUGUCCAAACAGCUACGACCAGUGGCCAUUCAACUUUUCCAGACACCUGGACCCGACAAUCCGAUUUUUACCCCCAUGUGUCCACCCCUGACAUGGACUGUGGUCAAGAUGUGGUACAACUGCUCAGAUGCUGCAUACCACCAGGCAUUGACACAUCUGGGUUUCACCCACCUGCUGAUCGAGGGCACCGCCAUAGCCGCACACCGGAACCUGUCGCUGUCACAUCCGGUGUUCAAACUUCUGGCGCCACACUUCCUCUACGUCAUGAACAUCAACAAACGAGCGUUAGAGGUCCUGGUGGCUGACGGCGGAUGGAUCGACAUCGCCAUGUCAUACGGCAACAAGGGACUAUUUGCCCUCGUCGUUAAAGGAUUUAAUCAGUGGAGGAUGGACGUAGAUGGGACCUUGCCAGAGGACCUAAAAAGACGAGGCGUCGAUGACCCCAACGUCCUACCGUCCUAUCACUACAGGGACGACGCUCUGCUCAUUUACAACGCCAUCAAAAAGUACGCCACGUCCUACCUCCAGCUCUACUACACCACGUCUGAGCACCUUGAGAAAGACACGGAACUACAAGACUGGGUGGCCGAACUGGUUAAAGAGAGGAACUUUUCUGAAGGUGGCGUGGGAAUUUUGGGUGUUCCAGGCAAUGGGAAGGUGAGCAGCAUUGACCAGCUGAUCCAGAUAGUGACCUGCGUCAUCUUCACCUGCAGUGUCGGGCAUGCCGCCGCCAACUUCCCCCAGUAUGAUGAGUACGGUUUCCCUCCCAACUACCCGGCCAUGAUGAACGGAAACCCCCCAACAGACCCCCAAACGAGUGUGACAGAAAAAGACAUCCUGGACAGCUUGCCAGAUAAAUCGACUACGCUUGACACAAUGCUCAUCACCAAAGUACUCAGCACCAAGGGUACCAACAGUCUCGGCCAUUUUGAGGUCCAGUACAUAUUUGACCCGCAGGCUAUGCCCUUCGUGGAUGAAUUCCAUUCCGAUUUGAUGGAGAUCAGCAAGAUCAUAAAAGAAAGAAACGAAACAAGAAAUCCCCAGUAUGGCUACCUGGAUCCGGAGUACAUCCCCAACAGCAUUAGCAUUUAGAUUUAACUCCCUUGCUAUAUUGACACUGCUGGUAACAAUGACUGAGGCUUUAACUUUAAUUCAUUACAUUACAGGGAUUCUCAUCUUUUCGCAAUAUUGACCUAUUGAAAUUAUCAAGAAAGUAAGGAUGUUUUGUUGUUUUGAGUUUGUAUGCAUUUUCUAAUUCAAGGAGAUUACAUUUUUCACUUGUGGAGAGACUUUGAAAUAUUUUAUUAUUAUUGUAUUAUUGUAUUAUAUUUAAUUAUAUUUUAUUAUUAGUAAUCUUACAAUAAACUUGUGUUCAUUGGGUGCCAGCUUCUUGUUACUUUUUGUACAUAUUCAGUUUAGGUCUGAAAUUAUGAAGCUAGAG